GGAAACAGCAAUGUCGACUGGCAGAAAGGCCAGGAUGGCCUCGAUCGCGGUUGUGCUCGGCGACGACUUCGUCUCGGCGCACCUCAUGGACUUCGUCUUCGCGAGAGAUCUCGAGGCGCUUGGCCUCACGUGCACGUACCUCCAGCGCAGGGUCUCGGCUGUCCUCCGCGUUCGCGUCCGGCGGCAGUACCCACAUGUGUUUGACCGGCAGCCCAUCUUUCGCCUUCGCCCGCCGACCGCGCACUCUGCCAUCCACCGCCCGAAGCGGCGGGUGCGCCAUCGCCACCAAAGGCGCCUAUACUCGUUCUUCCAGCACUCGCAGAACCCUAUCUUCCAUGGACUGCUUGGCCGGCUCAGUGGCACAGGCCAUCUCUUCAACGCGGACCGCGGCGGAUGGGUCUUCAACCCCGAGACCGAGACGUUUGAAAUCGACUGGGUCGACUCGACGUCCAGCCUUGGCGAUGCCUACGAUAGCGACGACUCGGUCGACGCGUCUCGGCGGUAUACCACCUUGGACGACAACGACAGGUCCCGCGACAGCGACGAUGCAGAGGCGCUCGAUAGCGACGGGCCAUCCAGUAUGACCUCCCAGCGACUUGCCGAGCAUGCAGAAGCGUCUGUCGGCAGCAACUGGCAGCCGCUCGCCGACGCAUUGGCCGUGCACGCGCUCUUUCAGCAGCUCUGCGCCGACUUAGAAGCCACCUUCGACGACGAAUCGCUCGUGGUGCAAGGUGCGUUUCCGAUUUUGCUGCACGCGCCAUCACUACUGCACGCGCCAUGGUCAGCGACCGACCUGCAUCGUCUGCUAUUGCCGUACCGUCCGCUGUCACCGGCGUCCUCGAGUCCCUUUGGCCUGGCGCUGCACCCGACCGACUGCAUCUUUAGCGACUGCGCGUGCAUCGAUUGGGACCUCAUUACGAACGACGAGGGAUGCCAUGCUUGCGCGCAGCAAGACAAUGACGUGUGGCCGCCACGCGAAGUCAUGUACCGCUGGCUGCUGCCCGACGAAGAGCCGCUCGACACUGCGAGCGGUGGCCCAACCUGGCGCCUUGGGAUUGCGUGCGCCGGGCUCUUUGGCGACGACGAGCACUGGGAGUCGUACGAACCGAUCGGGAACGGCGACUUUGUGUGCAACUACUGCGUCGACGAAGGCCUCGUGCGCGACCCACGCGCGUACAACAUGUGCCGCCAGUUUGUGCAGCCGCUCAAAGCUGCCAUGCGCAUGCACCUGAACGACGUCCGCAUGGAAACGUACAUUGACAACUCGAGCGUGCAUGUGUUUGGCGGCGUACAUCCGAGUGGGUACUUUGUCGGCGUCGUCUGCUUCGAAGUCGACCGCGAACUCCUCGGCCGCGUUGGCAUCUACUAACCUUUAAAAAGACAAUUUUGGCGAUUUGCGG